CCCGCGCACGCGUGGGAAAGUUGGCCUGGAACCGGCCCGACCAGUUCUGCCCGGGCGCGCGGACCGGCCGCAGGAAGUUGCUGCAAAACUUUUUUGGGGGGUGCAGCCGGUGCCCCCCGCGCGCCGGGCCCGGAUGCGUGCCGGGUAGGGUCCCCCCGGGCCGAGAGGGGUGCCCGGAGGGAGGAGCACGGAGGGGGCGCCCCGGCCCCGCUGCCCUGGGGCUAUGGCCAUGGUGACCGGCGGCUGGGGCGGCCCCGGCAGCGGCGGCGGCGACACGAACGGCGUGGACAAGGCGGGCGGCUACCCGCGCGCGGCCGAGGAAGACUCGGCCUCACCCCCGGGCGCCGCCAGCGACGCUGAGCCGGGCGACGAAGAGCGGCCGGGGCUGCAGGUGGACUGCGUGGUGUGCGGGGACAAGUCGAGCGGCAAGCACUACGGCGUCUUCACCUGCGAGGGCUGCAAGAGCUUCUUCAAGCGGAGCAUCCGCCGCAACCUCAGCUACACCUGCCGGUCCAACCGUGACUGCCAGAUCGACCAGCAUCACCGGAACCAGUGCCAAUACUGUCGCUUGAAGAAGUGCUUCCGGGUGGGCAUGAGGAAGGAGGGUGAGUACCCGCCGGGGUGGGCAGGCAGACGGGGCUGCAAACAGCCCUUGCCUUCACUCCCUGUCUCGGGGGGCGUCUGGGAGCCGCGGAGGGUGGGGUCUGGCGUGCUGGGCAUCGACAACGUGUGCGAGCUGGCGGCGCGGCUGCUCUUCAGCACCGUGGAGUGGGCGCGCCACGCGCCCUUCUUCCCCGAGCUGCCCGUGGCCGACCAGGUGGCGCUGCUGCGCCUCAGCUGGAGCGAGCUCUUCGUGCUGAACGCGGCGCAGGCGGCGCUGCCCCUGCACACGGCGCCGCUGCUGGCCGCCGCCGGCCUACACGCCGCGCCCAUGGCCGCCGAGCGCGCCGUGGCCUUCAUGGACCAGGUGCGCGCCUUCCAGGAGCAGGUGGACAAGCUGGGCCGCCUGCAGGUCGACUCGGCCGAGUACGGCUGCCUCAAGGCCAUCGCGCUCUUCACGCCGGAUGCCUGUGGCCUCUCAGACCCAGCACACGUGGAAAGCCUGCAGGAGAAGGCGCAGGUGGCCCUCACAGAGUAUGUGCGGGCUCAGUACCCGUCCCAGCCCCAGCGCUUCGGACGGUUGCUGCUUCGGCUCCCAGCCCUGCGCGCUGUCCCCGCCUCCCUCAUCUCCCAGCUGUUCUUCAUGCGCCUGGUGGGCAAGACACCUAUCGAGACGCUGAUCCGAGACAUGCUGCUGUCAGGAAGUACCUUCAACUGGCCCUAUGGCUCAGGCCAGUGACUUCACAGGGCCGGCUGCGCUGCGGCUGGGUCUGCAGACCUCAAGGGACAUGGAUGCUUCGGCCUCGCGCGGGGCCCCCAAGUGGAGGACCUUGGCUUCUCUCCUCAGACUCCUAUUUUUUAAAGACUGUGAAAUGUUGUCUCCUCUGUUUUUUAAAUGAUCACGAAACCAAAAAGAGAGUGCUUGUUCAGGCUUCAGCCUCGGCCUCCCCAGGACUCCUGGCCAAAAUAGAGGGGGAGGGACCGAGGGUCCAUUCCUGGGAGAGCCUGGAGCUCAGCACCCCAAGCAUGGACUUGUGGGCCGGUGGGGUUGGCUUCCCUUGUGUGAUGGACAGAGGCCUGGUGUCUGCACUAGAGGGGCGGGGGUAGUACGCGCCAGGCAGAUCCUCUGGACACGUACUCCACGUCGCACACUACAUGAUGAAUGAAUCAAGGCCAAUAAUAAAGAUGUUUCCUACCUG